UUUAAUUUGUUAAAAGUUAAACUAAAAUACAAAAUUGUUAAAUUAAUAAAAAAAUGAGUUCCGGUGAAGAAGAUGGAAAUUUCAGCAAUGGCUCAAAAUUCACAAAAGCCACCGUUAACUUUAUGAAUGUUUGGACAACUAUUGAAACAUUAGCUGGAAAUGAUAUACGUAAAAAAUAUACACCGUAUGAAGGAUAUGCAGAUAAAAAUGAUAUUCUUAAAAUGUUUAAACCGGUUCCAAUCACCAGGCGUGAUAGUUUUGUUGCUGAUGAUAAAAAAGAUUCUAAGGAUGAUUUGGGAUUUAAAAAUAAAUUAACUGAUUCAAAAAGAUCUGGUUCACCAAUUAAGAGUUCAAAAUCUAAAAGUGAAAUUUCAAAUGCUAAAAAACUUGGCUUUUCCAUUGGUUGCAAAAAGCCAAAAAAAAGAAGAAAAUUUCAUGAUAUUCAAAUUGAUAUACCAAAGGAAUAUGUUGAUAUUAUUGGAUGCAACUUUGCCUUGCCAAGGAUUACAGCUAGAAUUGAAAAGUUGAUGGGAUCAAAUGUAAUACGUUUAACAGAUAGAAAAUUUAUGAAUGAAGUAAGAGCCCGUAUGCAAAAGGAUUAUGAAAUACAAUUAAAAAAAAGGAUUACACAAAGAGAGGUGAAAGAGAGUGAACGUGAACGAAAUUUGAUAUUAGCUGGUAAAUCCGAUGUUGUACCUGACGAUCAAUCAGAUCAUCCAAUAUUUAUUGUCAAUAAAGCUGCCAAUGAAGUCAUAACAGGAAGACGUGCUAAGCUUAAAACAAAUAGAGAAAGAAAUGCUGAACGUUUAGCAAUACAAUUUGCAAAAUGGGAAAAAGAAAAAAUGCGUUAUGAACAAUUAGAAAUUGAAAAUCAAGAAAAACGUACACUAGAAGAACAAAAUGAAAAAGCUUUAGUGACAAAUUAUGCCAAAGAAGAUAAAAAAAAAGGAUUAGAUCUAUUAAGAAUUACUGACCAAAACUGGCGAAACGGUGAGGAAACACUUAGGGAAUUUUUGGAAAAAGAAAAUAUUAGAAUGAAAUCAAAAUCAAUAAAAAUACCAACGCCAUUUUUAAGUGACCCAGAUGACAUACAAAAUGUUGUGAAAGCAAGGAAAAUGUUUCGUGAUCUUGAAAAAAAAGUUCGUGAAGAUUUGGCAACAAAAACUGCUAGCGCUGGUGAUAGUAAAGCAGCUAGAAAAGCAUUAUUUGAAGCUGGUACAAAACUCAAGGAAGUUAAAGAAAAUAAGAAUAAAUUUGAAACUGAUCUAUCCGAUUCUGAUAUAAGCCUUAUGGAGAAAAUUGAAUUUGAUACUGAUCAAAAUCGUCAAGAUAAAAUCAAUGAAUUACAAAAUAAUAUUGAGGAAGAUAUUAGAAAAGAACUUAUAAUGGCAUCCGAUCAAUAUAAAUCAUUAUAUUUUGAAGAUCCGAAAAUAGCUAAACUUAGAGCAACUGAUACUAUUAAAAAGCUAUAUAAAUUAGCUAAAGAAAUUAUAACUGGUGAAACUGAACCGAUAUCAGAAGGUGAGGAAGAAGAAGAACAAAUUAACGUUGAAGAUGAUGAAAUAAGUGAUCUUGAAAAAGAAGAUAAUGACGAAAAUGAUUUUAAUGAACAACAACCUGUUCAAGGUGAAAACGAAGAAGAUGAAGAAGAAUAAUUUCUAAAACUGAUUAGAAAAAAAUUAAGUGAUACACGACGAUGAUGACCCGUACAAUAAUUCUAUUUAAA